GAUGACGGUGACCCGACGGUGGCGCUCAUCCCCCCUCCCAAAGCAGAAGCCAGACGAGCCCCCGGCCCCCCUUGCCUCAUUAACUCCCGCUCGUUAAUUACGGCCCUUUGCCGCCCCGCAGACGAGCGUUUCCUCGCCUUCUUCUUCCACCGCCUGCAGCCCAACCGCAGCGGCCGCUACGAGGAUUCCUUCCCCUUCGUUUCGCCCUGCGGCGCCGAACGCAACUUUGUGCGCUGCCAGGACCUUCCCGUCGUCUUCACUCGGGUCCUGGAAGGGGAAAAUGGCGGCGGCUCGCUGCUGUCUUACUGCGGAGGAGGGAGUCGCCUGGCGCUCCCUUUUCAACCCGAAUCGCUGACUUUCGAUCCCGAAAACGGGCGGUUGUAUCAUCCGGGACCAGAGGGGG